AUGCCUGCACGGUCUAGUGCAUUCCAUAACAAACUUACACGCCCUUUUGCACUCCUGAGCAAACAUACACCUCCUCCUGCAGGAGAUAGCAAGUAUUCUCACCCUAAUAGAGUCCUCGCUAAGUCACCUCGUCCUCCUGCACUCCUCAGUGAAUCUCCUCGUCCUCUUGCACUCCUCAGUAAAUCUCCUCGUCCUCCUGCAGUCCCCAGCAAGUCACUUCGUCCUCCUGCACUCCUCUGUAAAUCUCCUCGUUCUCCUGCAGUCCUCAGCAAGUCACUUCGUCCACCUGUACUCCUCAGUAAAUCUCCUCGUCCUCCUGCAGCCCCCAGUAAGUCACCUUGUCCUCCUGCACUCCUCAGUAAAUCUCCUCGUCCUCCUGCAGUCCUCAGUAAAUCUCCUCGUCCUCCUGCAGUCCUCAGCAAGUCACUUCGUCCUCUCAGUAAAUCUCCUCGUCCUCCUGCAGCCCCCAGUAAGUCACCUUGUCCUCCUGCACUCCUCAGUAAAUCUCCUCGUCCUCCUGCAGUCCUCAGCAAGUCACUUCGUCCUCCUACACUCCUUAGCAACUCCCCACGAUCCCUGAACUCCUAA